CCCGCCUCCUCCAACUGUUUUCCGGGAGCCAGAAGUAUUCGCGCCACACCUCCAAUAAACAUGGGGGCUUCGCUGACUACUCCGCCUUUCAUUUGUCCUCUCUGUCGCGUCGUGACGCGGAAUCCCGUCAUCCUCGAGUGUAGCCACCGCUUCUGUCCACGGUGUAUCGGGGACUUGUGGAGUGUUUGCCCGUCUGGGCCGUUCAAUUGUCCCGGAUGGAGGUGCAAAACAAGCUACCAGACGCUGCCGUUCGACAGCGGUUUGUUAUGGCCGUCGAAAACCAGUCCGAGGGCUUCGACCUCCAGCAACCUCGACACAUCCAGUCAUGCUUUAAACGCUGAGUCCCCGUUGAGGAGGCCUUCAAUCAGCCGACUCUUAGGCAAGAGAAAGGCGAGCGCACCGGUUCCAGAGCAAGCUGACACCAAGCGGCCAGCUACCUGCGACAGAUCCGAUGACGUCCUUACUCCAACACAUUCUGUGUCCGACACGGCAGGACAACUCCGCAAUGGAAAGGCAACCAUUAACGGGGCAAACUCUGAAUCGAAAGAGUCUGCGUGUGAUUAUUCCGGUGACGAUGUUCCACAACACACAAGUGAGGUGUCACAACAUGAAGCAGCAGAAAGGAUCAGUACCAAAGACACCGACUGCCGCACUGAAGCAGAUUUAUGUGACGCCCCUCUUCUUGCAACAGAAAAUCAUUCCUUGACAAAAAAACCUGCCUCGCCUGCCAACCUGCAUUCAUUUACCACAGCCUCAACUUCACAGGAAUCGGUGUCUCCUGCUAGCAAGUCGAUACCUCUGAUGUCUACCAAGCAUGCUGCAGCAUCCCCGAUCAGAAUCAGCGUCUUCUUCAAGCCCGAUAACACAAAUACAAGCCCUGUGCAGUGCCAUUAUUGCCCCAAAACGGUGCAUCAGUUAGCCGUGAAGACCUGUUUGGUAUGCGGGGCGUCCAUGUGUGCAAAGCACCUGCGUCCACACAUGGAGUCCCCCGUCUUCCGAAGCCACACCCUGGUUCCGCCCACCGUGGACAUUUCUUUCUGGAAGUGCGAGGAGCACCAGGAGCUCAACCGCAUCUACUGUCGGCAGUGUGGUGAGUGCGUGUGCAGUCUGUGCACCUCCAUCGGUCGCCACCGCAACCACGUCUGCAUCAGCACGAAGGAUGCAGAGAUGGAGAUCAGGGGUAAUCUGACAGAAGUGAUCAAAGAGGUGGUAGUGGCCAAACAAGAAGUCAAAGGCCGAAUGACUGAAAUAACUCAGAUGAAAGAAACUGCCCAAGCUCUUUUUAGGGCUUCGCGAGCUGGAGUGGAGCAGCAGUACGCCACAAUCUUAGGUGCCCUGCAGCAAGAGGAGCAAGCAGCUCUUCAGGUUGUGGAGGAGGAGGAGAGCAGAGUGGUGGGAGAUUUGGGGGAUAAACUAGUCUACCUUCAGGACUCCAUGCGGCCCAUCCAGCAAGGCCUGGAGAUUUUGGAGGCACUGGCUAAUUCUAAGGGGGAAAAGGUCCUCAAGGACCAGGCCUUCCUUUUUGAAUAUAGCAAGUUUUUACUACUUGACACGGAAAGUUGUGUGGAUCAGCUGGAGGCUCCAGAAGAGGUGAAUGAAGCUCGACUGAAAUGUCUUCAGAGGUGGACGCAGAAGCGCGUGGACAAUGUGGUCAUCACUGAGCUAACCAAGGACAGAGAGCUAUACAAGCUGCUUUAUGGCACCGUCCCCACUUUGGACGCAGACACAGCCCAUCCCAAGCUGCGUCUGUCUGAUUGCAGGAGGGUGACCUACUCCGAGGUCCAGGAGGACUGCCGGUAUAUGCAGCAAACAUCUUGCUUCAGUUCCUUCCCACAGGUGCUCGCUUGCCACGCCCUGGAAGUAGGUCGCUGGUACUGGGAAGUAGCCGUCACUGCGGACGAAGGCAGCUGGAAGGUGGGACUCUGUGAGGGUUUAAUGGAGAGGAAAAGUCAGACGGACAGCUCUCAUUUGGGUCACAACCGGUCGUCAUGGUGCCUGGCGUAUGAUAAGGGUAAGCUGGAAGUGCUGCACAACAAGGCGGCGACUCCUGUGAUCGCACACAAGAUGCAGCGUGUAGGUGUGUUCCUUGACUUUGAGGAGGACACUCUGAUGUUCUUUAAUGCUACACCAGGGGGCAGUCUUGUUCUAAUGCAUUCCUACAAGCACAGCUUUACUAGGCCUCUGUACCCAGCAUUGUAUGUGUGCAAAACACAGCUGGCCAUCUGUAGUCUAUUUUAACUGAUCCAGCGUACACUGGCAUGGCAUUUUCCAUAACCUAAAUGACAACUAAACCAGCACUGUGUCUUCAUGAAGAAGACAAGACUGGCUUCAGUGAUUUAGUACCGUAUUUUUCGGAGUAUAAGUCGCUCCGGAGUAUAAGUCGCACCGGCCGAAAAUGCAUAAUAAAGAAGGAAAAAAACAUAUAUAAGUCGCACUGGAGUAUAAGUCGCAUUCUUUUGGGAAAGUUAUUUGAUAAAAGCCAACACCAAGAAUAGACAUUUGAAAGGAAAUUUAAAAUAAAUAAAGAAUAGUGAACAACAGGCUGAAUAAGUGUACGUUAUAUGUAGGGCUGCAACAAAUAAUCGAUUAAAAUCGAUCAUUAAAAUAGUUGCCGAUUAAUUUAGUCAUCGAUUCGUUGGAUCUAUGCUAUGCACAUG